AUGGCUUACUCAAAUUCUGACAUAUGCGAGGGAGGAAGUGGAUGCUUAUUGUGGUUCAAGGAUCUACCUGACAUUCGGCAGGUACCUAAAGGAGGGCUAGAUAUCUACAUUAGAGUGGCUGCUUCUGAAUCAGAUGAUAGUCUGGAGCAAUCGAAUGGAAAGAAAGGAAAAUCACUUAUCUGGAUUCUGGCGUCAUCAGUUGGUGUAAUUUUGGUAAUCCUUAGCCUGCUGAUCACUAUAGAAGAAGGAAAAAGGCUUCAGAGCUCGAAAAGAAAGGGCAUACUUGAAGGACAGGAAAUAGCUGUCAAGCGGUUUUCUAGAACUUCCACACAAGGAGAAAAUGAGUUCAAGAACGAAGUUGUAUAUAUUGCCAAACUUCAGCAUAGGAAUUUGGUGAAGAUUCUUGGCUGCUUCAUUGAAGGGGAAGAAAAAAUAUUGAUCUAUGAUGGGUACCUCUCACCAGAAUAUGCAUUGCACGGGCUACACUCAGUAAAAUCAGAUGUAUUUAGUUUUGGUAUCUUAGUGCUGGAAAUCGUGAGUGGGAAAAGUAAUAGAAGAUUCUCUCAUCCAGACCAUUGCCUUAACCUACUUGGACAUGCAUGGAAAAUCUAUAAAGAAGGUAGGUCGAUAGAACUACUUGAUGAACGCCUAAGUGAUUCUUGUUCAACAUCUGAGGUGGUACGAUCAAUAUGUGUUGGUCUAUUAUGUGUCCAACAAUGUCCUGAAGAUCGUCCAAGUAUGUCGUCUGUGGUUGUGAUGUUAAACAAUGAAGGUGUAUUGCCACAGGCUAAACAGCCAGGCUUUUACAUAGAAAGAAAUUCAAAUGAAGAGUUCUCUUCUAACCAAUAUGCAAAUGUUACAGUGAGUGACACCCCAAUCACAAUAUGGUAUGCCAGGUAG